AUGGCCAGUACGCAAAAGCGCGAUGCUGUUCCUAGCAGUGCCUGCGACAAGUAAGUCUCUCGUCACACGCGCGCAGCAGAGCAAAGGCUAAUGUGCGACAGGACCGACUACACGAAAACUCUGAGUGUGCUUGUUGGCCCAGAGGAGGUCUCCUUCAUGGUCCAUGAACACGUCAUUUGCGCGAAAUCCAAGUUCUUCGAGGUACGUUUGUUUCAUGGCGCGCUCGGAUACUGCGGCUGUACUGACAAUGAUCCUUGCAGGCGAUCUCUCGGAAUGAUUGGAAAGAGCGACAAGAUAGGGUCGUGAGACUCCCCGAGGUCCUUCCCUACUGUUUCGCUCUGUACAUACACUGGCUCUAUACUGGAACUAUCGCAUUCCACGAGCUGGGGUUUGAGCAGCCACUUGACGCAGAAAACAACGAGGAGGCCGAAGAGGAAGAUGAAGCCAUGGAAGAUACCACUGAUUCAGUCGAUGGUCACGAUGAGAAGAAGAGCGCAGAGGAGACGUCUACACAGCCGGAUGACGAAUCCUGGCACUACGACUACUGCGACUUGUUCUACGCAUACACGGUAGGUGACUGGCUGCAAGAUCGGACGCUCACCAACUACGCCAUGACCGAGUGCAUCAGAAUGUUCGACAACUACGACGACGACAUCAAAGUACCCAAUUCGAAACAGAUCAGUUGGGUCUGGCCUAAACUCUCGAAGCACUCUGUUCUGCGAAAGUGGCUCUUGGACUUCCAUCCCACGUCCGUUUCACCCGAAGAAUUCGCAGAGGAACUGUAUGAGUAUCCGUCAGAGUAUGUGGCAGAAGCGGCCCUCAAGUUGGUGAAGGACAUCGCGUAUGAGUGCGCGCAAGGUCCUACGCGUGCCGACGCGUGCGACUACCAUGAACACAGCGAUGGCUCGGACUGCCCGUACGCUAAGCAGCCGCAAGGAGACACUGGGGCAGAUGACCUGCAAAAGGGAGACGAUUAG